CUCCCGAGAGUUUCGAAUGGUUCCGGAUCAAACAUGGCGACUUCGGUUGAAGAGUGGUUGUGUGUGGAACUAGAAAAGCUUGGAUUGCCAGCGUCAGAAGACAAUGCUAAGUACAUACUCAGUAUAGAAACUGCAGAAGAUUUAGAGGAGUAUAUGCAUGAGUUGCUAGGAGAUAGCAAUCCAAAGGUGUUAGCAUUCAUAAAAGAGUUGUUAGUCAGGUGGCGUUCAACAGUGUCUGUUUCUGAGGAUGUACAGGUGUAUCGCAAAUCAGCCGAUAAUGAUAUUUACUUUGGAGGAAAAGGUGGAACAGGUAAACUGAAGAUUAACGACCGAGGCAACAAACCUUCCACCAAUAAACACGUCAUCAACGGUAAUGUCCAAACCUCCCGUAAAGAGUUUACAGGACAACACACCUCUUACCAGUGCUGCUGAUCAGAAGAAAAAGACCAAGUUUGUUCCCCUGUACAGCCAGGAGGGACAGGAAAAAUCUGUACUUCAGCUGCCAGGGCGACACAGCUGUGAGUGCCAGGCUGCAAAACACAAGUUGAUUAAUAACUGUCUACAGUGUGGCCGUGUAGUAUGUGAUCAGGAGGGAUCGGGACCAUGUUUUCAUUGCGGUAAUCUGGUUUGUACACAGGAGGAACAGGAAGUGUUAUCACGGGGCUCACGUAAGAGUGAACAGCUUCGACAACGACUGAUGAAGGAUGUCGGGGAGAAGUCACUGCCACAUCAGAACAGUCGGAUCAAUGCGGGACUGGAGAAGGCUGUACAACAUAAAAACAAGCUGCUGAACUACGAUAAGACAAGUGUACAGAGGACAAAAGUGAUAGACGAUGAGUCUGAUUAUUUCUCAACUGAUUCCAACCAAUGGCUUAGUCAAAAGCAGCGAGAGGCGCUACGGAAACGCAAUGAAGAAUUACGUUCAGAAAGAUUUGCUUCACGAAGGGACAUGAAAGUGACAUUAGACUUUGCAGGCCGGCGUGUAUUAGAAGCUGAAAAAGAAGGUGGUAAACAGAUGUACGAUUUGAAUGAUGCAGUAGUUCAGCAAGUUCACUAUGGAGUUCAACCAAAGUCGGAAGGUUUCAAAAUGGAGGAGUCAGACUUUAAUGAUUUAGUCAAUCCAUUAAUUAAUGUUCAAUCACCACAGUUUGUCAGUAAUGUAACAACCAAUCAGAAGACUUCUAACAAAGCCUGGUCAGAGGAAGUGAAAAAGAAGGCAGGUCUGAGACUUCAGGAUCGUGAGCUUCAGGAGAUGUCAGAUGACGGCAUGUGUAUGAGCAUGCAUCAGCCAUGGGCGUCUCUCCUUGUCUGCGGCAUUAAAAUGCAUGAAGGCAGGACGUGGUAUACGCCACACCGAGGGAGACUAUGGAUAGCAGCCACUGCUAAACCCCCAACCCCAGAGGAAACCGCCGAUGUGGAACAGACAUACCGCUAUUUACUGAAGGACCCACGACUAGAGUUUCCCAGUCAUUACCCUGUGGGGUGCCUCCUUGGUUGUGUGGAUGUUGUAGACUGCCUGGCACAAGACCAAUACAGAGAAAAGUUUCCAGAAGGCGAGUCUGCUUCUCCGUAUGUUUUUAUCUGUGAAGUUCCACAGCAACUGGUGGUCAAGUUUCCUAUCAAAGGAAAACACAAAAUUUAUAAAUUAGACUCACACAUACAUCAAGCAGCUAAGAAGGGACUGAGAUGACAUGGCAUGGGUGUUUAGGAUGGUGACGGACAACGCUUAUUGUGAUAAAGUUUGAACUUGGAAUGAGAGUGAGAGAGAGUAUUUAUAGCAAUGCGGAUAUCUUCAACACGUGUCAAGAAAACUGAAUUGCUGAAGUAAACAUUACCUCUUAUA